AUGCAGACUAGGUCUAAGUUUUGUAACUUUGUCAGCAGCUACUUUGGAUCCCUCAUCUUCAAUCUAGGCGCUUUCGCGCUCCCUGCUCUAUACAGUACUCUCAGCAAGCUGUGGAUUGCAAAUAUUGACUCUAGUCAAGUUGUUACCACCGAUAUAUACACCUAUAUUGGCGUUAUUGUCCAGGUCUUGAAUGAUGGCUUUCCAAGAUCGGCUUGGCUCGUUAUAGGAGACAAAUCAGCCAGAUCUGUAACCUCACGGUUAAGUCUAUCAUAUACCAUUAUAGUAGUGCAGACUGUGCUGGGAACAGUCAUGACAGGGAUCUUCCUCGCAGCAUCAAAUAGUCUAGCGGCGGCAUUUAUGCCGGUAGAAGUCCGGCAAACCUCUCUGAAAUAUGUCCGGAUAUCUUCUAUCGCAGCCUUAUCAUCUGCUUUGGAAACAGCCGUGUCAUGCUGCACACGCGCGCUAGAUCAUCCAGAUGUACCACUAUUUAUCAGCUCAACAAAGUUUAUUGUCAAUAUUAUCCUCGACCUAUUAAUUCUGUCCAAGGUUCAUCCUGGUUCAUUUCAGCCAACAGUGAAUACGCAAGCUUGGAUCAGAGUGGCUUGCGACAUGAGUUCUGCUCUUUGCGGAUUGGGAUAUUUCCUUCACCUAACCUUCAAGCUACAGAGAUCACAGCCCGGGACACAGAGGGUAAAGCCCAGUUCUGCUAUUCGCAACGCUAUCUAUCUCUGGUUGGUCAGUAGAAUAGUUCUGCUUGGCGAGAACUACGCAACAGCAUGGGGUGUUUUCAACACAAUCCGGUGGGGACUUGUCAUGGUUCCUGUCCAGGCCCUUGAGCAAUCGACGUUAACCUUCGUUGGACAUAAUUGGGGAGUAUGGCGUGACCGUGCUGGCGUGGAGAUACGGUAUCCCAAGGCUACGAAGUCAGAUAUAAUGGCCCUCUCUAUACGUGGAAUCCAGGGGUUUGCUUACUAUCUCUCCGGCUCCACAGUCGUUGCCCAAAUAACCCAGCGGAUAUGGAAGCAAAUUGACUGGACAUAUAUAUUCUACGGCCUCAACUACCAGCUUGCAGCGAUUCUCCUUGCAGCCUCGCCACGCUGGUACCUCUAUCAAGCUCUGGCUUCGAAUUUUCUAUGGAUGCUCCCCUGGGCCAUCUUCGCGACCGUCAUGUCCGUCUCUAAAUCUGCGGCAUGGACCUACUAUGCUAUUAUCUUCGGGGGAGCCCUUGUCUUUGACUUUAUGGACGUUAGCGUUACACUAGCGAUUUGGGCACUUAGGCUAAGUCGGGAUUACUUCACUAAGAAGAGCAUGCGUGACAGUUUCUUAGAUAUCUCCUCCCUCCGGUUCACGGUGACCAUCGACAAAAUCAACCUCCUCACGGUCGAGCAGCAGGAAAUGCUCAGUGUUUCUCGGCCCUAG